UGGGUGUCCGUUGGCUUCUACACGGGAGCACACACUAGCAGGGAAACCCGCCCCACGAUCCACCCCGGCUUUUCUCGGUCCGUUUCCUCUCCACGUUUUUCGCUUCCACCCUCCGUACCCGGGUAGGGUCACGCUGGCUGGCCCGGUCCCUCGGCCGCCUCCCUCAGCGUCAGCCGCCUGGGAGCUUCCUCCUCCCCCGCCACGAGCCCAGCCCAGCCUCCCUCUCUUGGCUGCACCCGGCCGGAGGAGCCGGCUCUGCCUCCGUCUGCGGGCUGCCACGGCCACGACGGAGCGAGCGGCUUCCGGAGGGAGGCGCCCGUUCGCUCGAGAGGCCCCGGGGCGCCAAGCGAGCGUCCGGUGGCUUGUCGGUCGGUCCGCUGCGUGCCUUUUCGCUACAAGUUCCGUCCGUGCGGGCCGCAGUCAGCAGCUAGACCUCCCUCUGCGCUAGGCCGUUGCCGGGAGACUCCGCGGAGCGUUAAAGGGGUCGGGACUGGAGCCCGCCAGGCCGCCGCCGCCGCGAUGCCGCUGCUCUUCCUGGAGCGCUUCCCUUGGCCCAGCUUGCGCACUUACACGGCGCUCAGCGCCCUGGCCUUGCUGGGCAGCAGCCUCAGCGCCUACCGCGCCCUCAGCCAGGCCGCCGCUGAGAACCAGGAAGACCUCGGACCGCCGUCACAGCAGCCGCACCCGCGGGAGGAGAGCGACCCGUCGCCGCGGCGGCUCGGGCCGACCGCCUUGGACGUUGCCUAUUACUUGCUCUCCGACAGCCUUUGCGUCUGGGUACUGGUGAAUACUGCUUGUUGUAUUUUGAUGCUGAUUGCUAAAGUAAUACAGAGUGUUGUGUUUGGCCCUCUCCGUGUAAGCGAAAGACAGCAUCUCAAGGAUAAAUUCUGGAACUUCAUCUUCUACAAGUUUAUCUUUAUUUUUGGUGUGCUAAAUGUUCAGACAGUAGAAGAAGUGGUCAUGUGGUGCCUUUGGUUCUCUGGGCUGGUAUUUCUACAUCUCAUGGUUCAGCUCUGCAAGGAUAGGUUUGAAUAUCUCUCCUUUUCACCCACAACACCAAUGAACAGCCAUAUCAGAGUCCUAGCCCUGCUAGUAGCUAUGCUUCUUUCCUGCUGUGGGCUAGCAGUUGUGUGUGGUAUUAUUGGCUACACCCAUGGAAUGCACACAUUGUCUUUCAUGGCGGCAGAGUCCCUACUUGUUACUGUGAGAACUGUGCAUGUGAUUUUACGGUACAUCAUUCAUCUCUGGGAUCUGAACCAUGAAGGCACCUGGGAAAGCAAGGGAACAUACGUUUAUUACACGGAUUUCAUCAUGGAGCUAAUGCUUCUGUUACUGGAUCUGAUGCAUCAUAUUCACAUGCUGCUGUUUGGCAAUAUUUGGUUGUCUAUGGCCAGCCUGGUGAUCUUUAUGCAACUGCGUUACCUGUUCCACGAGGUUCAGCGCAGACUUCGCCGCCACAAGAACUACCUGCGUGUGGUUGGAAAUAUGGAAGCAAGGUUUGCAGUGGCAACUCCUGAGGAGCUAGCAGCCAACAAUGAUGACUGUGCCAUUUGCUGGGACUCCAUGCAGGCUGCACGUAAACUCCCUUGUGGACAUCUUUUCCAUAACUCAUGCCUACGUUCCUGGCUUGAACAAGACACUUCCUGUCCCACCUGUAGAAUGUCCCUGAAUAUCACUGACAACCAUCACACCAGAGAGGAUCACCAAAGAGAGAACCUGGAUGAAAAUUUGGCUCCUGUGGCAGUAGCUGAAGGCAGACCUCACCUGAACCAGCACAAUCACUUUUUCCAUUUUGAUGGCUCCCGCAUCGCUAGCUGGCUGCCCAGCUUUUCAGUGGAGGUGAUGCAUACCACCAAUAUUCUUGGUAUCGCACAGGCAAGCAACUCUCAGCUCAAUCCUAUGGCACACCAGAUUCAGGAAAUGUUUCCUCAGGUUCCAUACCACCUGAUUCUGCAGGAUCUGCAGCUGACACGUUCUGUGGAAAUUACGACGGACAACAUUUUAGAGGGGCGAAUCCAAGUGCCUUUCCCGACACAGCGUUCAGAUAGCAUCAGACCUGCGUUGAACAGUCCCCUGGAAAGACACAACACUGAUCAGGAGGACACUGAAGAGGUUACUCAGACUGAGAGAGACCCACUGGAACUCAACUCAAGGUUGGAAGAGAUGGCAGAGUUUGACGAGACAGAAGCAGAAUCUGCUGAGACGGAAGACUUUGAAGUGAGAGGGAGCCGUUUUUCCAAGUCAGCUGACGAAAGACAGAGGAUGUUAGUCCAGAGGAAGGAAGACCUGUUGCAACAAGCUCGCAGGCGUUACCUCAGCAAAAGCUCCGACGACCCUGCUUCAGAUGUCUACUUGCAGGCUGAAGGAGCGGCUUCAGACCCCGUCACCCUGCGCCGCAGAAUGCUGGCUGCUGCCGCAGAGCGAAGGCUUCAGAAGCAGCACCCAUCUUAACGCUUCCCGUCUCCUCCUGUUCCUCUUCCACGCGAGCAACGUUUAUGCCAACCUGCACUCUCCCUAUCAGUGAGGAGGGUCUCUUCAGAGCUCAGCAAGUGCGCUGAGGACGAGUGAUCUGGCUGCGUCUUCACUGUAUAAAGCAUGUGAUCUAAUAAGUGUUUGGACAGCUGACAAAUUAACCUUCCUUGGGUAAUUUUUUUUAAAGUGACACACAUCCCUCCGCUCCCCACUUCACAAACAAAAAAAUGCAGUCUUUACAGCCCUGGGCAUGGUGUGCUGCUUAAAGCGAGAUGCAGGGGACAGUGGCUGCGGAGGGCCAGGUCCAUUUGCUGCUUCUGUUCACUGUGCUUGCUGGUACGUCCCAGUUAAGCUCUUUUAAAGUGGAAGCUGAGCAAGUGAGAAAUGAAGGGUUAUAUUGACAAAAGUCCUCUCCUAAGUAAGCAAGCAUCAUUGCCAAGCCAUCACACGUCUCAAGAAUGAGGUGUUAGUUUUUUAAAACACAGAUACAAGAUGGAUGCCUUUGCAGAGUCUUUAGGAUAAAAGUGGCAUUUCUAAGCACUGGAGCAUGGAAGUAGAGUGCACCAACAGGAGGAGACAUCUUAGAGUGGAAGAUGUUAGGCUAAGUUUUAGAGCACUGGCUCCAAGAUGGACAGGUUGAACAUUCCUGGACUCUUUUUUUUUCUGCCAGGAGGCUGGUUUGUUUUUUCUAUGCAUUUCAUUGCCAGCAACAAACCUACGGCCAAAGGAAAAACAUAGGCAUACAGGGCACGAGCCCAGCUAUCUUAGGCAUCUUUAAUUCAACAUUUCAGUAAGCACGUAAACAGUGAUGAAGAUUGUUCUCAGAGGCAAUCUGCAAAGAAGGUUUCAUACAGGAACGGAAGUUGGCCAUUUGAGAGGCGAGGGAGCGCGCAAAAGUAUAUUUUUUUAAUCUUGCAUUUGGCAAUACUACAUAUGCCCAUUAGCUUAAUCAUAUUUGAGAGAAUUGAGGGCUACUAGACCUUAGGCUAAGCGUGAUCAAACUUUAUCUUAGUAUUGUAAAACUCUGGUAGAUGUAUUGGAGAUCUCUGGUCUUAGGUGCGUAAAUGAGUUUUAUAAUGGCAACCAAGUCAUUUUUAAGUGUUUGAGUAUCAUUGUCCUUCAGAACGUGCCCAGUAUUAAAAAAAAAAAAUGGAAAUUUUUACAGCAGGUUUUUAGGGUAUCUGAAGGUGACUUAAGAAAACAUGAAUUGUGUAAAUGUUAAGUGAAGAUAACUUAUUUCAAUAAACCCCUUUGGGAAGCCUUACCUUGCAACGCUGUUAGUAAACUUUGAAAGAAGAAAAAAAACUCUUGUGAUUCAGUUUUGCUUAGAGCACAGCUCUUUGUUUUUAUUGUUUUUUUAAAAAAGAAAAUAAAUUCUUGAUCAGUGUUGGAAAUGUUGCAAA